CCGCCUCCGGGCGGCGGAGACUGUCACCGAGCGCCGAGGUUCCUGGUAAAGCUGCACAGAGGACACCUUAAGUGUGGCAAUGGAGGGGGGCCCGGCAGUCUGCUGCCAGGACCCUCGGGCAGAGCUGGUGGAACGAGUAGCAGCCAUCGAUAUGGCCCACUUGGAGGAGGCGGAUGGUAGCCCAGAGCCUGCUAGGAAUGGGAUGGCCCCUCCACCACGGGCCAGGGCCAGAGCUGCCUCUGUGAUCCCCGAGGGCACUUCAAGACCUCCCCCUGUCCGGCCCAGCCUCUCAUCCAGGAAGUUCUCCCUGCAGGAGCGGCCAGCGGGAAGCUGCCUGGAAGCCCAGGCUGGGCCUUAUGCCACAGGGCCUGUCAGCCACAUCUCCCCACGGGCCUGGCGGAGGCCCACCAUUGAGUCGCACCGUGUGGCCAUCUCAGACGCAGAGGACUGCGUGCAGCUGAACCAGUAUAAGCUGCAGAAUGAGAUUGGCAAGGGUGCCUAUGGUGUGGUGAGACUGGCCUACAACGAAAGUGAAGACAGGCACUAUGCAAUGAAAGUUCUUUCCAAAAAGAAGUUACUGAAGCAGUAUGGCUUUCCACGUCGCCCUCCCCCAAGAGGGUCCCAAGCUGCCCAGGGAGGACCAGCCAAGCAGCUGCUGCCCCUGGAGCGGGUAUAUCAAGAGAUUGCCAUCCUGAAGAAGCUGGAUCAUGUGAAUGUGGUCAAGCUGAUUGAGGUCCUGGAUGACCCAGCUGAGGACAAUCUCUAUUUGGUGUUUGACCUUCUGAGAAAGGGGCCAGUCAUGGAGGUGCCCUGCGACAAGCCCUUCCCCGAAGAACAAGCUCGUCUCUACCUGCGGGACAUCAUCUUGGGCCUCGAGUAUUUGCACUGCCAGAAGAUCAUCCACAGGGACAUCAAGCCAUCCAACCUGCUCCUGGGGGACGACGGGCAUGUGAAGAUUGCCGACUUCGGAGUCAGCAACCAGUUUGAGGGGAAUGAUGCUCAGCUCUCUAGCACAGCCGGGACCCCAGCGUUCAUGGCCCCUGAGGCCAUUUCUGAUUCUGGCCAAAGCUUCAGUGGAAAGGCCUUGGAUGUAUGGGCCACUGGUGUCACGCUUUACUGCUUUGUCUAUGGGAAGUGCCCGUUUAUUGAUGACUACAUUCUGGCCCUGCACAGGAAGAUCAAGAAUGAGGCUGUAGUGUUUCCGGAGGAGCCAAAGGUGAGUGAGGAGCUCAAGGACUUAAUCCUGAAGAUGUUAGACAAGAAUCCCGAAACAAGAGUUGGGGUGCCAGACAUCAAGCUGCACCCCUGGGUGACCAAGAAUGGGGAGGAACCCCUUCCUUCAGAGGAGGAACACUGCAGUGUGGUGGAGGUGACGGAAGAGGAGGUGAAGAACUCGGUCAAGCUCAUCCCCAGCUGGACCACAGUGAUCCUGGUUAAGUCCAUGCUGAGAAAGCGUUCCUUUGGGAACCCAUUUGAGUCCCAAGCGCGGAGGGAAGAGCGAUCCAUGUCUGCUCCAGGAAACUUACUUUCGAAAGAAGGGUGUUGUGAAGGGGGCAAGAGCCCGGAGCUCCCCGGUGUCCAAGAAGAUGAGGCUGCAUCCUGAGCCCCUGCAUGCGCCAAGGGCCGCCCAGCAGCACGCUCAUCCCGCGCCUCCAAAGGCCCACCGCCCUCAUGCGACAGCUGCCCCUGCAGGCAGGGGGCUGGGCACUGGCCCCGCUCCCGACCCCUACCCCGUCGUGCUGCAUGACCUCCACGCGCGUAUCCAGGGACAGGAUUGGAAUGUGUGUCAUCUGGGGUUUGGGGGGCAGGGGUCCCACCAGGCCUUUCUCCUUGUCCUUGCUCUCCCUGAUGAGACCAUCCUGUGGGGAAGCUCGGUGCCCAUGGUGCCUUGGACACCCCAUCCAGCUGGUUGGCAAGGCCCAGAGCAGGAGGCAGGAAAGCAAGAUGGCAGGUGGAGGCCUGACUCCCCAUUACCACAGAGACCUCCUGCGGGGUCCCGGGUGGACUGGCUCAGCUGCCACACCCACAUGGAGGACUGGAUCCUGCCGACCUCAGGAGGGUGCUGCAGGAGCUCUUGACUACAGAGUAUGCUGAUCCGGAGGCCCUGACCCCUUCAUGGGUAUUUCUGGGUCUAACAGGGGAGGUGGCCAGUAAUGGAAAAUUCAGAUUCCUUUUAUGUUGUCUUUUUCUUUUGUUUUUAUCUUGUGGGCGGUGGGGCAUAGCCCUGCUUGACACCAUUCGAUGAGCUCUCCUACAGCUUUGGGUGGUACCCAGCAUACGCCUCCAUUUGUUGGCAGCUAAGUGGACCGGACUGACCCUCCUGGGUUGUUUCACACGUGGCACCGUGGAGAGAAGGGGCUGGAUUCGAACUCCGGAUGGAGGGCUGAGCCAGGAGUAUACAACUUUCCUGCUCAUCUCCCUCCCUCCCUUCAUGGCUCCCCAGAGCUAUGGCUGCUGAAGAGAUACCAGGGGCCAAGGUGUCUCAAGGAUGCUGGACUCACAGGGCUGUACCUCCGUAUGCUGAAGUAACUGGAAUCCAAUCUCCCAUCCUGCACUGGCAUACACAUCUGGCUGGAAGCUGCCCUCACUCUCCUCUUCGGGUUGGAGGCCGCGCUCGAAGCAGGACCCUGGUGGGUGUGUGUGCAUGCUGGUGGGCAGCCAGGGGAGGUGUGUCUCUCCACUGCCUCAGCCCACACUGCCCGCACAGAGCUGGAGCACUGGAGUGUUUGAACACGGCCGUGCGGGAGCUGACUUCCUCUUCCUUCUAGAAUCAGUACCUGGCCAACUUGUUUACUGACCAACUUGUUUACUGACCAAAUGCUCAAGAGAUUGACCCCCAAAGAAAAAUAAAGCAGGACUCGGAUACCUCCCCUGAAAACAUGGGCCAAACAAGGGUUUGGGGUCACCGGCAUGGGUGUGAGACUACAGGACUCACAGUGGGAAGACCUGAAAGGCUGGGCAGAAGGAGCGCCGCGUCCUGCAUCUCUGUGCCUGUGGGUGUAUGUCGCGCCUCCAUGCACACACGCAUGUGCGUGCCCAUCUGCUGCACACAGCACACUCGCAUGCCUCGCACCGGCACGUGCAUCUGUACUAUAGUUUCCAUGUCUAUUCGCGGCUAUGAGCAGAACAUGGCCCGUGGGUAAUGGGUGCACAUUUCUCCCUGGCUCUUCUGCGCUAAGGCAUUGUGACCCAGGGCUUAUAAAAGAAUUCAGUAUUCUUUUUAAGAACACUUUUAUAGAGUUCGUGGGAGGCAAGUGAAGCACCAGUCAUGGUUCUGCAAGUUCUUGAGUUAUCUCUGGGCGGUGCCUGGAGGGUGGGGAUUGCAGGGCCUAUGCUGAUUGGACCAGCCCUCAAAGAGCUCAGAAGAGCUCAGUGGGACCCGGUUUCAUUGCCUGGGUCAGAGGCCAGGUGGGGGUCCCCACCCCAUCACUGAGGGUUUUGGUCAGCAUCCUUGUUUUUUAAUGUAGCACAGGUGAUGAACAAACUCCGUAAGAGUGUUUUAAAAAUUAACUUCCCAGGAAGUGAGUUAAAAACAAUAAAAGCCCUCA